AGAUGUAAAGGAUUUUUCUUGAAAUUUUCACUUUUUCAGAUACCAAAACUUCCUACUGGAGUGGCUUAUUUUGUCCGUAUCAAAGUGCUCGGAGCUCAUAACGAGAUUCUGGUGGAGACAGCGGAGAUCCGAGCCCGAAAUGAGAUCGUCUCGAUCAAAUGCGAAAGUGAUGAUCUGACAGCUCCUCGUCAUCUGGAAAUUACCCACGAAGGACAGUUUUCACUUGCUAUCAAAUGGGAUGCGCCCGAAUGUGGUUCCAUUGGAGAAUACCAGGUGGAACUGAUCGGUGAGGAGGUUCCGUUUGAUGUGCAUCGACAGACCGUCACACAACCACAUGUCUCCGUUACCAACCUUCUGCCGGCAACCAACUAUAAUGUCAAGAUUCGAGCCGUGGACCGACAACGUAGAAUUGGCCCAUGGAAUUCCGACGUCAUGCAGGCAAGGACCCAAGGCGAAAGCGUUCCCGUUUCGAGUGACAUUCGCCUCGUGUACCGAACGGACACCGAACUUCACUUCUCGUGGGAUCCGAUCAGCGACGAACGGGCGCAGCACUAUGAGGUGACGGCUGUGGAACUGUUGCCGGAAUCGCGACGUGUGGAGCGGGCUCGUGUUCCUCCGUACGUGUCCGGCCACACAUUGGCAGGACUUCUGCCCAACACCAAGUACAUUAUCGGUGUCAUCGCUUUCGUUGAUCAUGAACCCCAGUGGUGUACAUCUCAGCAGGCCGAAAACCUGACGGAGUAUCCUUAUGGAGAGCUGAGAGAAAAGACCGCAGUGACAACCGCAUGGUUAUCGGAAGGACCGAAGAGGUCACCAUGGCGAAGCGGCUGCCAGCGCGUGCGUCGGUGCAGCAGGGAUUCCGAGGAGAUCAUUGUUGAUUGGCCAGCCAAUCCGUGCUGCGAUUCCCAGGAUGGGCUAAGCCGAACGGUGAUGAGAGCGUUGCCCCCAUCGAUGGAUACGAAUAUCUUAUCCACCAAUCUGACCAACAGACGCCUCAUAGCGGUGCCUCGUACAUCGGUGGCACCUCAGUGGCGAUCCCUGACCUGCGCCCUUCGACUAGAUAUUCGUUCCGGCGUUACAGAGUCGCGUACAAAGAACGAGGCUCUUCUCGAUGGACCCGAGUCUACGGUUGUCCGCAGAACUUCCGUUGUCCAGCAGGUAUCGUAUAAUCUGACCAACGGAGUUGUUCAUGAUCCCGGAAGCACGAUUCAUUUCUCACUUAUGCGUCUAGCCGGAGUUGAGCAACCGUCCCUACAAGUGGGCCUCACCCAGCCACGCAUCGAGCAACAAGGACCCAGGAACGUGGUUUACUGGUCAACCACAGGAGACGCUUCACGACUGCUCGGUUAUCAGGUUGAUAUCCGAAGGGACGGCGAUCGAGAAUGGAGCGACCAUGGCGCCAUGGUCCCUGCGGAACCAUCGCAGACGCAUUUCCGCCAGUCACUUGGCCCCGUACCAGUUGCAACCUAUUACCUAAGGGUGAGAGCGAUCGACGCUAGCGGCGGUACUGUAGCCACUUCACCGAGCACCAGUUUCUCUGUCUCCUGUCAAAGUCCGAUCUCCCCUGAGAAUGUGCGCCUGGACAGAGUGUCAGAGGACCGGGUACGGAUCUCGUGGACAUUCCCUAGUGAAGAUCCAGCUUGCCAGACAUACUUCUUCAUCAGUGGCAUGCAGAAUGGCGUUCCAGUGAGUCAUCGAGUGCCUGGCAGUGAACGCAGUUAUGACAUUGAAGGCCCCGCCCGAGGCGAUUGGCGUGUUGAAGUACGGGCCGUGAAUUCGGCAGGAUCAGGACCAGCUUCACAGCAAGCAGUUUUCACCAGUGCGCAACAAUUCCGUAAGCAUAGCGUAUCGUCGCAGUGUUUGCGACCCUCGCACGGAUUUUUGGUGUCGUUCGGAUCACAAACAAUCAUCAGGCUAUCAGUACUUAGAAGCGCUGUCUCGCCACCAAGAGUGGAAGCUCGUGGAACGACUUCAUGUCAUGAGAAGCGAAGGCGACGGACGUGGCGUGUUCGGCUAACCGUCUGCAGUUCCGUAGCGAAACUCUGGAUGAAUCCUAUCGGUACUCAAAUUGUCCCGUACGUGGGCGACAACCAGGACUACUCCCAAACGCUCACUGGUCUUCAGAAGGGUCAUACCUACGCCGUACACAUUCAGGUCCUCGACAGGAAUUCUUACGUGAUGUAUGUGAGCCCAGAAGCGUCUGCAAGAAGCAGUUGCACAGCUCCCUCACACCCUCCGUCACACCUUCAAGUGCAAGCACCGGAUGCCUCCCACGUGCGAGUGCACUGGGCUCUUCCUCCUCAAAGCACAUGGGGCUGUGCCGAUAUUCAAUACGAAAUCCAGGUUGUUGAACCCCAAAAUAUGCCCCCAGUGAGUGUACCCGGGACCCAGACCAACCAUAUCUUCCCUAGUCAUCCUAAUCAACAAUGGUCAGUACGAAUUCGAGCCCGGAACUCAGCUGGGCAUUCAGCUUGGACUCCUUCCGUAGAAGUGCGAACUCCUCCCGGAGGCGAACUAAUUGUCGGGCCAAAUAUCGCUUAUCGGCAGGGAAUCCCAAUCCUCACAUGGCAAUCGAGAGAAAACGUCGAUGAUCAGAUUGAGAGUUUCGUCCUCGAAUGGAAAACAACCUCAGAAAGGGACUGGAGACAACACAGAAAUCCCAUACCGUUUUCUGGAUGGCAGCGACCGUACACCAUCGAUCUUGGUGAACUUCCCAAAGGGCACACCUAUCAGGUCCGCGUGGUCGUCAAGGACAGGAAUCGCAACGUCGCGUUCACAUCGCCGAUUGUCCAGGUGCAGACGCAGUCCGCUUGCACACCUCCCAGAAGAGCUCCCACCAACCUCCAGGUGUCACCUAUCGGACCGACCCAAAUCAGGCUCACUUGGGCUCCAUUGCACGAGUCGGAAUGGAACUGCGAUCGCAUGUGGUACAUUGUCAAAUACAGUACGCCAAAGAACCAGGGUUUCAAAAAUCUUACCCAGGGCGAGAAUUCAGUUGUGUUCGAGUCGGAUCCUUACACAAAAUGGAGCUUUGAAGUCCAGGCGGCUAACCCGGCUGGAGAAACUCAGUGGUCUCGCACCGAAACGGCUCAGACUCAGGACGCUUCCCCUGGCCCAGUCGUCGACUUGCGUGUGCAGCCAGUUGGACCGGAUCGGUUCCAAGUCAGCUGGAGACCUCCGAUCAAUCCAAAUGGUCUCAUCACUGGAUACGAAGUCACUUAUCAGCUGAUAGCAAGUGAGGGGAUGUGCGACCAACAGCAGGAUGCUCCACGAACGCUCUUCGUCACUUCGCCCAACCACGUAAUCACUGGGCUCCAUCCCCAUUCGCGCUACCGGGUUGGCGUAGCAGCGAAGACAACCAUCGCCGGUGAGCGCGUCUCACAGGAGGUGCAAACCGAACAGUCAGUGCCAUCUGCGGCGCCGGUCUACCUAAGAGUCGAGGAAGUUAGAGAGACCGACGCCAGCGCGAGCUGGCAAGCCCCACCCUGCCUACAGACCAAUGGCGAGAUCACAGAGUAUGAAUACGAAGUGACACAUGCGGAUCGACGAGCUGCUCCUCAAAGACAUCGCCAACAACGUCCGUGA